CAUUAUAAGGUCGGACCUGCACGCCUCCUUUGCUUUUGAGCUUGUUUUUAAAAUAGAAUCCUCUCGAUAGUGGUUAUUUGUGAUGUGAAGCGAGUGCAUAAAUUCCCUUGUGUUUCUCUAGAAGAAAAAAAAAUAAUGGACAUUCCUAAAUGCAUUAUGAGAACAUUCAUAUUUUUGCUGCCGACAAGUUUCUACUCAUAUUAAGAGGAAGAAAAAGGAUGUUUAAGUCGAACAAGACAAGCGGAUGCACGUACAUACACAUGUACAAAGGUCAUAGUUGCAAUGUUUACAUCAAAAGCUCCCUUCCAUGCGCAUGCGCCUGCCGACAAGCUUUUUAGCCCAGGUUUGCAGGUGUAGUGCGAUGGAAUUUCGACGUGUUAGUUUCGCAUCGCGGCUAGAAAAGUAAUAUAACUUUCUGCAAGAGUUCGUUAUUUUCCAUCCUGGUUUUGAAUAAAAUUAUCUGCUCAACUUAGCAUCGUAGAAUACAUUUGUUUUGUGUGUACUCCCCAUUCGGAAUCCUGCAAACGUGCGCAUAUGAAAAUAAGCAAUAGUAAAGUGUAUCCUGGGAUUUGGCAAACAUAUACAAGUGCAUAGGAAAAAACAUACGCGCAUACAUACUCGUACAUUAAAUAAAAUCAAAUCCAUGACCGUCGAAAGAGCAUAAAAUAUAUAAUUUAUUAGUUUUGAAUGGUCAGUGGCAUACGAUCCGAUUAAACAUACCCGAAAAUAUGUCUAAGCUUAGGUAUACGCAACUACUGCAAAAUAUAUAAACCUAUGUGUUAUACAUACAAUGUUAUAUCCCGUGUAUAUGUGUAAUUGAGUGUUCAUACACAAGUGUUGGUGUGCUCAUCUUCCGUGAAAAUUCAGAUGAUAAAAUGUAACGCAUUACUCAAUUAAACUUUCCAAUCCGAAAUACUAUAUUAGAGGAUUAGAUAAUGAAACCUACAAAAUAAACUCAAAUAGCAUCUAAUUACCGCUAUUCCAAAAAAGUAUACAGCAUGGAGUUAUUGCUAAUAUUUAUGCUAGCACUUCAACUCAUAGAAUCCAGCAGCGGAAGUAAAGAUGUACCAAUUCACCAAAUCGAGUCUCUGGUCGGUGAAAAUAUUUAUCUUCCGUGCAAUGUCACAACAUAUGAUGGCGAUGAGCCUGUGUUGGUUUUAUGGUACCGAGAUGAUAAAGGUACCCCCAUAUACAGCAUCGACAUUCGCGCUGGAGUAUCCAAGGCACCAAAAAGAUGGUCCGACGAUUCUGUCUUCGGGGAUAGAGCUUAUUUUAUAUUCGACAAGGAACCGGGAAAACUUUCCAUUCAAAACACACAGGCAUCCGAUUCGGGGACCUAUAGAUGCAGGGUGGAUUUCCUAAAAGCGCAAACCAUUAACAGCCGCAUCAGACUCAAUGUCAUAUCUCCACCAAAGCAAGUUAUUAUUCGGGAUAGCUCAAAUGUGGAGCGCUCUACUGUCGUGGGACCAUAUAGCGAGGGCGACAUCGUUUCCCUGAAAUGCCAAGUAAUUGGAGGCUACCCAACUCCCACAAUAAGUUGGUAUCGAGAUGGUCUCGAAAUACCCUGCGAACUGGCCCACUUGGCAGGCGGCAAGCUAAUCGAGUGCGAAAUCACACUUCCUUCGCUGGGCAGGGAAGAUCUCAACUCUCGACUCACCUGCCGGGCACUAAGUCAUCCCAGAGCACCCAUCGUUGAGGCGGUAGUUCAAAUAGACAUGAAUUUUGCCCCUUUAAAUAUACGACUGCUGGGGGCACACCAGCCAUUGUCUGCUGGCCGAAGAUACGAUCUCCUGUGCCAAAGUGCCGGCUCCAGACCGCCUGCCGUAAUUACUUGGUGGCAAAAUGGGAUACGGCUCGAGAAGACCACCGAAACUACUUCGAGCGAUGGCAACCAGACAACGAGCACGCUUUCAAUCAGCCUGAGCAAAUCUGAUGCGGGGAAGUAUUUAUCGUGCAAGGCCUACAAUCACGCCGUUCCCUCGGAGCCUCUGGAAGACGGCUGGAAACUAGACAUUCAAUAUGUCCCUGAAGCAUAUGUUCGUUUGGGAACAUCUCUGGAUCCCAGCACUUUGCGCGAAGGAACAGACGUGUACUUCGAUUGCCUGGUCAUGGCUCAUCCGAAUGUUUUUCGCAUUGAAUGGCGUCACAAUGAGCAACCCCUGUCCCACAAUAUUUCCCAGGGCGUUAUUAUAAGCAACCACUCGCUGGUUUUGCAAGGUGUAACGAGGGCUACAGCCGGAAACUAUUCUUGUGUCGGAUUCAAUGCCGAAGGAGAGGGAAUCAGUGCUCCUUUUGCCUUGAAUAUCUUGUAUGCCCCCACGUGUGCACAGAAUCAGAAGAAAGUGUACGGCAUAGCGAAGCAGGAGGAUGCAAAGGUCAUGUGCACCGUGGACGCCAAUCCACGAGAGGUGGAAUUCAGCUGGACAUUUAAUAAUUCUGCGGAGAGCAUUGACGUUGCCACAAAUCAUAUUAUACGCUCGGGCACCACAUCUAUAGUAACGUACACCCCCAUUACUGAACUGGAUUACGGAACUCUUUUGUGUUUGGCGUCGAAUAAAAUUGGCAAACAGAGAAUACCAUGUGUCUUCCAUAUAAUCGCUGCAGGUCGACCCGAAAAAGUACAUAACUGCACACUAAACAAUAUAUCCAUGACUUCUUUGACCGUGACUUGUAGCGAUGGUUUCAACGGCGGCCUGCCACAAAGUUUCAACUUGGAGCUGCUCGACUCCUACACCCAAGAAAUAAGGGCAAACAUCACAUCGACGAUUCCAAAGUUUACGGUUCCAGGCUUAAGUCCGGGCAGCAUAUAUAGGCUAAAUAUAUACGCAUUCAAUUCGAAGGGUCGAUCCGAUCCGGCAGUGCUUAAUGCACCAAUGCUCCGAAUGCCCGAAAAACAACUAACCUCCGAACAAACUCAUAACCUUCGCGCAGAGCUAUUAUUUUCACCCGUGAUGUCACUUACGAUUGGUUUAACCCUUGCUGUGCUGGUCGCAGUUUUGGCCAUAAUUCUGGCACUUCGAAUUCCCUGCUCGGCUUCAUCGAGAAGGCGGCAAAAGGAGCUCUCGAACGAGAAUAUAUCCAGAGAUGAAUCCCCGGGACCAAGCGACAAAAGUUCCGGUAGCAAGGAGGUAGAUGAUUGCGACGAAAAGAAUCCGGAUGUUGUCCCAGAAUCGGUUGAAGCUGAUGAACAGGCUGAGAGUCUCAGGAAAAGGCAGCAGAUAUCAACGAUCGACACGAACCGCAGUCCAAACAGGGGAAUCUUCGUUAACGAGCAGCAACACCUGACAGCCGCUGAGAUUUCAUUGCGGGCCACCCAUGGAAUUGGUUACUGCACUCUGCGGAGUGGGAUGCACGCCCAGGCCCAGAGUUCAGUGGGAGAAAUAUCAAUUAACGUAACACCUCACGUCUACUCCAAUUCGAUAUCGCAGUGCACCUUGCCGCGCCAAUCCUCGCAGAACGUGUGGAACAACUACAAUUGCAACAUCGCCGGGGCGCGACCGACCUCCACGUUCCACCAGCUGACCUUUCCCCAGGGCAGGGUCAAUGUGAACGGUGCGCAGCCGCAGCCGCAGCCGCUCCAUGGACACGCGCCAUCGCCAUCGCUGGCCUCCAGCAGCUCCAUGGCCUCGUCGUCGAACACCUUGCCGCAUCCGCAUCCACAUCCGCAUCCGCAGCAGCAGCCCCUCGGCUCCCAGCCACAUCCCCAUGGCCGGACCAUCGCCCUGCACCACAUGAACCAGGCCGCCCAGUGCGGCCGGGUCUGCAUCGGAAUCGCCAGCGAGGGUAUCCAUUCCGCCGAGCAGAACCUUUCCGACGACGAGGUCACCGUCCAAACUCCGUUAAUGAUAAAGCGCGACAGCACCGUAUGACUAUAGAAAUUCCACAGGGUUUUCGACACGCCCCUGUGAUUAGGAUUUACAAUUUUUUCGGUAUUCUGCAUUUCGAACUCAAUAGAAUAAACAAACACUUUUUAUACAUACCAACUUUAUGAUUGACAAACAAUAUUCUGGAGAGAUCAAUUAUUUUCGGCCAAAUGAGUGUUAGUUUUAAAACGUUGUUAAUUAUAAGUUAUACGAAAUCAAUAUCCAAUGAAAUAACUAAUAGGUUUUAAACGAUUACGUGUGGCCAAUGCAAAAACAUUAACUGCAGUUUUUAAAAGUGAAACCUUAACUAUAAACUGGCAUCAAACGAAUUUAUAGACUGGGUUUGAUACUAAAGGCGAUUGAUUGUGUUGUUAUUACGUUUAUUUAACAAGCCUUGAUGUAAAAUAUGUUUUGUUUUUCGCAUUUUCAGAACAUAUUGAGUGCUUGAGACCAUAAGGAUAAUUCAAAAUGUAUGCGGUGAACUUUUUACGGCCAUUGCUUUAGUUCAAUUAGGUGAAAUUUCUUUGAAUAUUAUUAAUAAUUUUUAACGAAAUCCCUAGGCAACUAAAGUCUCGGAUAAUUUAGUAAAAUAAAACCUCAUCAGUUUGUUGUUUGUUUUUAAACAACUGCACCGUAACAUAAGUUAAGUCAAAUGAAAUUUGACAAACGAAUUGCUCAUUUCUUCGGAUGCCAAGGCAGCUUUUUGAAUACAUUCAUGAUAAUGUGUGUAUAUGUUCGUGAUGAUAAAACCCUUUUAUAUAACUUGCUCAAAUAUAAACUAACCCAGUGUCAUGAAAGAUGGAGUGAUUCCUCUUCUUUUUCUCACAACGCUGGCCGGCAUUUAUUUUUAAAAAUUUUAUUUUAUACUGGUCGAACUUACAUAAUACUUAUAUUUAAAAAUACCAUAUAUAUUAGGACCUUAGCGUUAAACUACUGUGAGCAGUAUUAUAAUAUCUAAGUUAUAAAUAAAAAUAAAUUAAAAGUAAA